GGAACUCAAUUAAGCUAAAUUUGACUAAACAGGAUGACUUAAAUAACUGCGUCCAGUUGAUCACUUCCAGCUUUCAAAACACGUAGGACAAAAACCCAAAACCCUAACUCAAACAUGUCCGUUCCUCUGGCCAUGGACAUGGAGAUCGAUCUUCUGAAACCCGAAACGGAUGAAAACCAAAUCAAGGACGAAGACCUCUUCAAAGCGGCUAGCUCUGGCGAUGCGUCGACAUUCAGACCUCUCUCCCAGGCGCAGCUCACGAAAGCUCUCUCAUUGAGGAAUGAAGACGGUCGGUCCCUUCUUCACGUCGCCUGCUCUUCUGCUCGCUCUGAGGUAGUGGAUAUCCUAUCAGCUGCUGAUCCAUCAAUAAGUGGAGUCAACAGCCUCGACGAAGAAGGUUGGGCACCACUUCAUUCGGCGGCUAGCAUUGGGAAUGCAGAAAUUGUGGAGACUUUGCUAAGUAGAGGAGCGGAAGUUAAUUUGAAAAAUAAUGGUGGUCGCACUGCUCUUCACUAUGCUGCCAGCAAGGGGCGGUUUAAAAUUGCUGAAAGUUUGAUUUCACAUGGUGCAAAGAUUAAUUCAAAGGACAAGGUUGGGUGCACCCCAUUGCAUCGGGCAGCUAGCACAGGGAAUGCAAAAUUGUGUGAACUUCUAAUUGAGGAAGGAGCAGAGGUUGAUGCUGUUGAUAAAGCAGGUCAAACGCCUCUAAUGAAUGCAGUGAUUUGCCUGAAUGAAGAGGCGGCUUUCCUUCUGAUACGGCAUGGAGCAGAUGUGAAUAUUGAAGACAAGGAAGGAUACACUGUCCUUGGACGAGCUUCAGAUAGUUUUAGACCAAAACUGAUUGAUGCUGCCAAGGCUAUGCUUGAAGAAUAAGGUCUAGAAAAUGGUUUUGCGCAAGCUCAAGGAUGAUCACAAGCACCAUGAACUAGUCGCCUAAUUCUCAGAAAAAAGCUGCUCCGAAAUGCCUAUUUUGUUCAUCUUGUGCAAGUUGAAUGGGAUGCCUUUGAAACAUUUGGAAACUUCUUUCUUGAGUUGUUUAGAGUUUCUUGAGUGUGUGAAGACUUUGUGUCAGUUUUGUGAUUUACAAUUGUAAUUGAAGUUUUGGAGACGAGCACGGUACAUUUUAAUUUAAUCGUCUUUCUACUCUUCCUCGCAA